AGGCUGUGAUAAAGAUGGAUUACGCUCAAAAUACGCGCAGAUGGCUUGAAUAUGUGGAGGCUUUAGAAGAAGAACGACGUAAAAUUCAAGUCUUUGAACGCGAACUUCCUUUGUGUUUGGAGCUUGUUACCCAAGCGAUCGAGGCAUGCAUGAAAGAGAUCUCGGGGGGUUCAACGACGACGGAUUACAUGCAAGGGCAAACGGAUUGUUCUGACCAUACAUCGAGUGAUGUACCUGUUUUGGAAGAAUUUCUUCCAAUCAAAAGAAGCUUUAAUUGCUCUGAGGAAGGUGAUGAACUAGAAUCCCAUAAAUCCAAAGACCACGAUAUCAACACCAAAGAAAAGAAUGUUGUUGCUGCUGCUGCUGAUAAAAAGAAAUCUGAUUGGCUUAGAUCUGUUCGAUUGUGGAAUAAUAAUCAAUCCCCUGAUCCAUCCUUGAAGGACGAUGCGGGUAAAAGUGGUAGUGUGGUGAAAGUGAAGAGAAAUGAGGGAUCAUUUCACCAGUUACAGAGAGAGAAAAUUGUCGAGAAGAGUGUUCAAUCAGUAGGAAAAGGCAAUGCCUCGGCUACAAGUACUUCUACAACAGAAAGUGGGAGUAGAGUGGAAGGAGCCAAUGAUGGAAACACUAAUAGUAGAAGGGAAGAAAGGGAUGGGCAGCCUCAGAAAAAGCAAAGGCGGUGUUGGUCCCCGGAGUUGCAUAGGCGCUUCUUGCAUGCUCUCCAGCAACUCGGUGGUUCACAUGUUGCCACGCCAAAGCAAAUUAGGGAGCUAAUGAAGGUUGAUGGACUUACUAAUGAUGAAGUUAAAAGCCAUUUACAGAAAUAUAGAUUACACACAAGAAGACCAAGCCAAACUGUCCACAACAAUGUCAACCCACAAGUACCCCAAUUUGUGGUGGUUGGAGGCAUAUGGGUACCUCCACCAGAAUAUGCCACAAUGACUGCAACAACAGCAUCGGGGAAAACAGCCAGCGUGACUCCAACCAGUAGAAUCUACAACCCAGUGGUUGCCCCAUUACCUACACUUCCUCAACCAUCAGGAACAACUGUGCGGGGAUCACAACGGCCACAAUCUGAAGAAAGGGGCAGCCGUAGUGGAGGGAGAGUUCAUUCAAAUUCACCAUCAACAUCUACCUCUACUCAUACCACUACAGAUUCUCCUGUGUUUUAGUUCUCACUGCAUGAGAAUGGUGUACCAUUUUUGUAAGAAAAACGCACUAGAAAGUUCUACAUGAUAUAGAUACAACACUCUCAGUUUUUAUUCCCUUAUAUAUAUGUAUAUGUAUAUUUUUUGCCCCAUUAACAUCCUUCUAUUGUUGUUGAGCGUAAACCUCGGAUAGUGAUAGAAAGUCAGCCUUGAAUAAAAGUAUCCUUGUAGUUCUCCCUCAUGCAUU